GUGGCCACCUCCAAGGGGUCCUGAUUCACGUGCGUCAGAGGCAACACGUUUCGAGGAUACACAGCAGCUACAGCAGUUCAUCCUGAAACACUCAAUAGAUUUACAUUUUAUCCGAGUAGCAGGUUACAUUUCUGUGCAUCCAGCCACCACGUCGCUCCGCAGACUUCUCUCCAGAGUUGUCUGCUAUUCCAACAACAACAACAACAACAACAUCAUGGGGAAAAGAAGCAGGCAGAGGCAGAAACAACAGAAUACUGGCAGAGACGACAGAGACAACGCUGGCUGGGGAGCCGGCUAUGCUGACAUUGUCAAGGAGAAUAAGCUGUUUGAGCACUACUACAAAGAGCAAGGCCUGGUGCCUGGGGGAGAGUUUGAACAGUUUAUGGAUGCAAUGAGGGAACCGCUGCCAGCAACCAUCCGCAUCACUGGAUAUAAGAGCCAUGCCAAGGAAAUCCUCCACUGUCUGAAGGAGAAAUACUUUAAGGAUAUUCAGGAGGUGGAGAUCGAUGGCCAGAAGAUGGAGGCUCCACAGCCGCUGAGCUGGUAUCCCGACGAGCAGGCCUGGCACACCAACAUGAGCAGGAAGAUCAUUAGGAAGUCUCCCCUGCUGGAGAAGUUCCACCAGUUUCUGGUCAGCGAGACGGAGUCGGGUAACAUCAGCCGACAGGAAGCCGUCAGUAUGAUCCCUCCUCUCCUCCUGAAGAUUGAGUCACACCACAAGAUCCUGGACAUGUGUGCAGCUCCAGGGUCGAAGACGGCCCAGCUGAUAGAGAUGCUCCAUUCUGACAUGGACGUGCCAUUUCCAGAGGGCUUCGUCAUUGCCAACGACGUGGACAACAAGCGCUGCUACCUGCUCGUGCACCAAGCCAAGCGUCUCAACAGCCCCUGCAUCAUGGUGGUCAACCACGACGCCUCCUGCAUCCCCACGCUCAAGAUCGACGAGGGCGGCAAGAAGAACAUCCUCUUCUACGACCGCAUCCUGUGCGACGUGCCCUGCAGCGGCGACGGCACCAUGAGGAAGAACAUAGACGUGUGGAAGAAAUGGACGACCAGCAACAGCCUGCACCUCCACGGGCUCCAGCUGCGUAUCGCAGUGCGCGGCGUGGAACAGCUGGCUGUGGGAGGGAGGAUGGUCUACUCCACCUGUUCACUCAACCCUAUAGAGGACGAAGCUGUCAUCGCAGCGCUGCUGGAGAAGAGCGAAGGAGCGUUGGAGCUGGCCGACGGCUCGGCCGAUCUGCCAGGGCUGAAGUGGAUGCCCGGGGUCGCUUCCUGGAAGCUGAUGACCAAAGAGGGCCAGUGGUUCGCGGAUUGGUCCGAGGUCCCACGCCAUCGUCACACGCAGAUCCGCCCCACCAUGUUCCCGCCAAACGACCCAGAAAAACUCGCCAGCAUGCAUCUGGAGAGAUGUAUGAGGAUUCUGCCACAUCACCAGAACACUGGAGGUUUCUUUGUGGCUGUGCUGGUGAAGAAAGCCCCGAUGCCUUGGAACAAAAGAUAUCCUAAGCUGAGGAAGGACAUCUCAUCCAGCUCAGCGGCCCAGACUGAAGGCACCCCAUCGGCCUCGACCCCCGCAGACACCCCCUGCCUCCCUGAGAGUGCUGUAGAGGAGGAGGAGGAGGAGGGGGACGGGGAAGGCCCAGAGGGAAAAUUGGAAAAGGAGGCAGAAGAGGAGGCACCCAAAGGAGCUUCCUUGGCCCAGGAGCGCGCUGCUAAACAAGAUGGAGUGUGUGGGCCUCCAGCCUCUAAGAAGAUGAGGCUGUUUGGUUAUAAAGAAGACCCCUUUGUGUUCCUUACUGAAGAUGACCCAGUCUUCACCUCCAUACAAUCUUUCUACGAUAUGGCCCCCAACUUCCCUAAGCUCAACGUUCUGACCAGGACCCACGAGGGCAAGAAGAGACACCUGUACAUGGUGUCCAAAGAGCUCCGCAACGUGCUGCUCAACAACAGCGAGCGCAUGAAGGUCAUCAACACAGGGGUGAAGGUGUGGUCUCGCAACAGUGAUGGAGAGGAGUUUGGAUGUGCCUUCAGACUGGCUCAGGAGGGUAUCUACACUCUUCAGCCGUACAUUCGCUCCAGGAUAAUCCGAGUGAGUGUGGAGGACAUCAAAGUGCUGCUGACCCAGGAGAACCCCUUCCUCAGCAAACUGGAGGAGAACGCUCACGCUCAGGCCAAGAAAAUGGUAAUGGGUAGCAUUGUGUUGAAGUACAUUCCCAACUCAAAUAACCCAGCAGAGCCUCAGUGUCCCAUCCAGCUGUGUGGCUGGAGGGGAAAGACGUCCAUCCGAGCCUUCGUCCCCCGCAACGAGAGGUUUCAUUACCUCCGAAUGUUAGGCGUGGAGGUCUUCAGAGACAAACAGGGCGUCGGGAAGAAAGGGAGGGACGGAGAGAAGGAAGGAAAGGAAGAGGUAGAGGACGAAGUGGAAAAGGACGUUGAGGAGGAAGGGGCGGCGGAGGCGGAGCUGGACUUGGAGAACGGUGAUAAGAACAGGUCAUCAGAACCAAAGAAGCAACCAGGAGACUAGCAGCUUGGGAAUGUAGAGGAGAUGGUAGAGAGACAGGAGGACUGACUGAAGACGUAUCGGAGCUCUUAAGAGCACGUCGAAGACCACAUCAUGUGGUAGAAGGAGGGUGAUGUGCCUCUACGGGUUUCUCUGUUCACCACACUGCCACUGCAGAAGGAUUCCCUCCCACAGAUGGACUCCCUUGGGAUUUUUACUUUUUGGAUUCCCUCCAGGAGUUUUAGUUAAAUGGCUUGUCUUAUUUUACUGUAUUUUAAAAGGUAUACUAUGCAGCAUUUCCUAAAAAACAAUGCAUAGACAAUUAGGACCCACUAAGAGUGUGUCGGUUUCUGCUUCUGAUUUUGCUGUGUUCGGGACGUUUCUGGGCGUUAGCAAAGAGCCUUUGGGUGUGUAACCCCCAGUUAAUAACAGCGUGCAGGGUGUGAGGACAGUUCUCAUUCCCAGGUCGUCAAAUACUGCCGCUUUGUCUCGCCCCUCGGCGUCUGAUACUGAGGCAAAAUGCACCCUUUAGCGGCGGUACUUGACGACCAAUAGGUUGUUAUAUCGCUGUGUUUUUGUGUGUUUCAGCUUUUCCCCGAAAUGCAUUCAUUCAAAAUCUGGCAAUGCGGGACCUUCCCGCAGGGUUGUGAGGAGGUGUGGGUGUAUUUAUUUGUGCAUUAGAACGUAACCGCCAUAAAACAAUCAGAAAAUAAAGUUUUAUUCCUCUGUACACUGCUUUUUUCCCCCUCACCAUCGCCGCUCCCUCUCUUUAUUCACUCUCUCUCGCCACUUUGAAUGCUGUGUUUACAAACAGCAACCGACAAUGCGACAUAGUAUACCUUUAACAAACCUAUUCCACUGAUCAAGUGGCUUAAAUGUUUCUUUUAGUUGCUCAUGAGAGGUUUACUGCUAUCUCAUUUUGUAUACCUGUAAUUAAGCAGAAAUAUGGAGUUGAUUAAAAGUGUUAAAGGUUAACUGUGUCACCACCUGUUCACAUUAUUGACUUUAUUUUCAUUCUUGGUCUACUGAAGUAUCAAAGGCAUGUUUGAGAAGGGGUUGAUUACUUCUGCAAAUUACAGAAUUAAUAAAAUUAGGAAUUAAAUAAAAGUGUGAACCCAUAAAAACAGUGGUAAAUAAAGUGGGUACUGGUGCA